CGGGGUUAGUUCUCUGACAUGAAUGAAGGACCAUAAAAGCUUGCAGCCAGCAGGUCCUUAAUUAACCUGGUAGUGAAAUCUGCCAUCAACAUGAAGCUGUCUCUUUUCUUGUUUUCUGUUGUCGUGGUUACUGCCAUCGGGCUGGUUCAACUACAGAAGCUGUCUGCAACCCUCAAGAAACUGCCUCCCAACAGCGUGAGAACGACCUCUGUUCCCAAACUUCCUUUUCGAAAUGUUCCUACCACCAGACCCACAUCUACCACCAGAAAACUCUCCACCAAACCCACAUCUACCACCAAAUUCCCACCUGUCACUAGACCCAUGCUGAUCACUGCUAAAAGAAGAAAAGAUGUCACUAAAAAGGCCCGCAUGGAUCCUGACUAUGGAAAAAACAGAUAUAAGCCAAUGAUCUACUAACAAGCGAGCAUCCUGUCUUCUUCGUCCUUGCUUUGUUCUUCUGGGAGUACCGUUCCUGGGCUCUAGCUUCAUUUGGUGUUGACAAACCUCUGAACCGACACAACUACAUUUCUUCUACCUAGCCAAGGCACAUGUAGACAUCUUCCUGACUGUAGACACUCCUCUGAAUGAAAGAGAAGCCUACACAUGCAGUUUCAGAAAAAAAUGAUACAGGAAUGCUUGGUAAAGCAAUCUGAAAUAAGUGAAAAGAAACAAAAAGCCACCAGAAGAAAUAGUAAAAUUUUAUUACAUUAACAAGGGUAAACAUUGUCAACAAAAGGAAUCAACCAAUCAAACUGCGAUUACAUUGACCUAACUGGGAAUCUCAAUAAUUCUCGCUUUGUCAUUGUGUCACAAAAUUAGUAACAAAGAUUUGGAUGAUUGUGAUGAAGUGAUGGGUAAAAAAAUUAAACAACUCACAUUUGAAGCUUGGAGUUACUUGGAAAUUACUUCUGAAGUCUUGUUAAGAUGUCACGUGGCACCUGUCUACCAGCCCAGGCAGUCAGUGCUGACUCACUACCAUGAAGACAAAGCUCUGUUCUUUGUGUCGCCAUGAACUUUACCAUAGUCCUGGUAAGGUCUUAUGUGUUCCGAUGCUAAACAUUAAAAUUGAAUCCU